AUGCCGUCCCUAAAUCUCACACCACUCUCCUCCCUCCGUCUCAACGCGCACUACGUUCCCUCCUACUCCCACCUCCCAAACACAUCCACCCACAACAACCCCCUCCUAAUCUACCACUCGGCCUUCCCAGCCUCAACAUCCCCAUCAACACUUGAAUCUCACUUACCGAAAAACGGACUAGCCCCCCAGUGGCGAUACACCAUGUACUCGCAAACGCACUUCCACAGCACCACGCACGAAGUGCUCUGUGUCUUCUCCGGCCGCGCGGCACUGCUUUUUGGCGGCGAGGCGAACCCGGGGAAAGUGGAGACGGAGGUCAAAGCGGGUGAUAUGAUUGUCGUACCCGCUGGGGUGGGGCAUAGGUUGCUGGAAGAUCUGGACGGUGGGUUUCAGAUGGUGGGGGCGUAUCCCAAGGGGUGUAGUUGGGAUAUGUGCUAUGGGAAGGAGGGAGAGGAGCAGGCGGCACGGGCUGUGGCUGGUGUGAAUUGGUUCGUAAAAGAUCCGCUGUAUGGCGAUGAUGGGCCUGUGCUUUGGGGGAAGGAAGAGUUGGAGAAGAGGGCUGAAAGGAAAAAGAGUGAGCUGUGA